AUGAUUAUGCGCCUUCUUCCCAGGAUAUCGAUCGACUUUCAAGGCCUCAGGACGAUAUCCGACGUUUUCUUCAUGGGGGAUUUGAUCUUGUUUUCGAUAGCCACUCCCUUGUUCCUCCUUCGAGUGGGGUUCUAUCCCCGGCGCAAUCUGUCGCUCCCGAUCAUUGAGCGCGAUUCCCUUCAGUUUGCCUACCUUCCGCUCUGGGCGACUUCGUUCCUGGGUCUGGUCAUGUUUGCGGGGUUUGUUGUCGCCGAGGGGAGAGUCCACCCGGCACCGGGGUGGGGCAUAGCGGUGUAUGUUUGCUGGUGGAUAGGAAUGGUGUGGGCUGUGGCGACUGGCUUUGCCAUCCUCACGGUUCUCAUGUCGAGCAGCAGCGUCAAAUCCAAGACGGCGCACGGCAGGUUUGCGCCUCUGCUGGCCGUGUUGGGGGGUGUCACUGGCGUUGCGACUGGUGCGCUGAUUGGGGCGGCGCUUUGUCUCCCUGGAGUCGGGGUGAGGCCGGAACAACACAGGAUAUUUGACGACAGGCUGGCUGAGCCGGUGAUUUUCUUUUCGAUUUGCGCCGUGGGGGCCGUGUUGGUUUUGACGAUGAUUGUCUACUCGGUUUUGAUGCAUGAGCUGCUGCUGGUGACCGGUUGGCCACCACCGGAGCUGACGACGGCCAUAUUCUUCUUCAUAGGCCCUCUCGGCCAAGCAGGAGCUGCGUUGCUCUUCCUUGGGGACGCUGCUGGCAAGGUUGUUUUUCCGCCGCCAGCAAACUACGGCUCUGAUUUAGGAGGCGUUGUUCCCACGGCAACGGAUUCAGGGGUUAGUGGAGACGAUGGCGUGGCGCCAGCAGGGGGCAUAGCGAUACAGCACAAACUGAGCCCGUCCCUGGCGACUUUGCCCUUGAACAUGAUAGGGUUGACAUUCGCCUUGCUUCUGGCAGGAAUGGCCAUCACUUGGCUGGUACUUGCGUUUAUCAACCUGCUUCACCGCAUGUCCAGGCGCGAACUGUACUGGAAUUCGAGCUGGAACGGCCUCGUUUUUAACAUUGCCACCAUCUCCAUCACUUCGCUCUGGCUAAGCUUGUCGUUGGAGUCGCCAUUCUUUCGCAUUGCGACUUGUAUCUUUCUGAUACUCUCGCUGUUAACUCUACUGGGUAAUCUGGUGUUUCUCGUGUGGUUGGCUAUCAAGUGCGGGUAUUGUGUUAGGUGA